AUUGACGUACAUAUGUACGAAUAAACCAUAUGUGUAUGCAUACAGAUGUAAAUAGUUGAUAAAAUAAAUAGGUACUCCAACCUCACGUGGAUUUUAGACAGUUGUCAGUGUAAAUUUGAAAAUAUAACAAUUGUUAUGAUAACUAAAAAGAAAAAAAAAUGAUUGAUUUAUUAAAUAUUGGAUUAUUUAUUUGAAUAAUAAGUGAUGUUCCGAAUCGAGGUCACAUUAUACGAUUCAGUAUUUAUAAUAUAUCAGAAACCAGUUUGUUAUUAAGUCUGAAUUUAUUGCAUAAUGUUAAUAGGCAGAUAACAACGUCAAAAUUGUUAUAUACAUAGUAUAAAAUGCAUAUGAAGUGGUCAAAUUUUUGUAUCCCGUGAGCUUCUAAGGAUUUUUAAUUACAAUAACAGCAAAAAAAUUAAGAGUUAACGUUUUAUAUCAUGAUAUUGUGGAUUUAAGUCAUUCAAGAGAUAUCUUUUAUAUAUAUUGGAUACUCUACUCAGUGAAAUAAAAUUUAGCAAAAAUUUAAAAUGCCUUCAAGACUCAGUAAAUUUAUGAUUGAUACAAAUAGUUGUAAGGAUUUUACACAUCCUUGGACAGACUCAUGUAUGUCUGCUCAAGUUGGACUUGGGCUUCAUGCACUUCAAGAAUCCCUUAGAAUAUAUUCAACAGUUUACUUGAUAGCAUUAUUGAUGAGAAGAAAAAUUCCUUCAAAAAAAGAUGUACUGCGAACAAUUCUUGGUAUUUUACAAUCAACAGCUUUUUUAUCAUGGAGUGCAUAUACAUAUCCUGUAUUUAUUUGUACUUUAAGAAAAUUAUUAGGAAAUUUUAAUAUUAUAUCGGUGUCAUUUCUUCCAUCCUUUCUCUCCAGUCUCGCUGCGAUAAUUAUUGAAAGACCAUCUAGAAGAACACUAUUGUGUUUGUAUGUCGCGAAUAUUGCAACAGAAACAUUAUUUCGCAUGAUUGUAUGGCGAGGUUACAUCGAACCGAUACCAUAUGGAAACGUUUAUAUAUUUGGAGCCAGUAUGGCGACACUUCUUUAUUUCUUUCGCAGCGAAAAGCCAAAAAGUGAUUCGAUAUUUAAGAUUCUUAAAUUUAUUGUCGGCCCUUACGACGAUCCGGAAAAUGCAAAGCGACAAGUUUUAUAUUCUGAACCAUCAACUAGUAAAAAUAUAAACUAUCAAAUGAGUCAAAAAACUGACAGUAAAAGAAGAAAAAUUCAUUCUUACAAUUUGAUCCAAGAAUCAUUGAGAGUUUAUCAAAAUUUAAUAAACUGGAUUAAAAAUUGCGCGAGACAUAAUUCGUGUCCUCAUCCGUACAGUUGUUUACAUUUUAUUCUCGGAGGAAGUGUUAAAAUGUUUGGUAUUGGAUUAUGUACUCAGCUAGGAUUGAAUUUAAUAUUUAAAUUCAAAAAGUUUAUGACGAAACCAAGUUUGCUGAAGGCGGAAUUGUUUAAAAAAAAUAAUUUCAAUUUGGCGCUAUUUAUUGGAGGAUUUUCUGGAAUUUAUCGGUUAGCGUCAUGUUUAUUGAGAAAUGUAAGUAAUAAAAAUUCAAGACUUCACGCCAUACCCGCUGGUUUGAUAGCAAGCGUUUCAUUUGCAAUGUUUCCAAAUAAUACGAUAGCGUUGUACGUUAUGUGGAAAUCUUUACAGCUUCUGUGGAAUAAUGGCGUCGAAGCAGGAAAAUUACCGGAAAUCAAGUGGUUUAAUAUUUUCUUCUAUUGCUUCUGUACGGCUAUACUUUUCCAUGCUGCAAUUAUUGAGCCACAGAAUCUACGUGGAUCCUAUUGGAAAUUUUUGUGUACUAUAUCGGGUGGAAGAGUCGCUGCCAUGGCACGAAAGCCUCUUGAUCCAUUUGGUUUGGAAACCUCUCGACAUCUUCAAGAAGUUUUGAAAAGAACCAAUACCACUGAUUACUUUCCAUACUCAUACUAAAAUUUAUAUAUAAUAUAAUUUUAAUCUUUGAUAUUAUUGCCACAAAAAAGCGCUAAGUGAUCUCGUAAGUAAAAUGAAACGUACACUGUAAAAAAUUCGGAGAGUGAACGCGGAUUAAAUCCGGAGUGGAUUAUUGUUUAUUUAUUUAUUCCCCUCGGAGUGAAAUUUACUCUAAAGAGGAGUUUAUUUCCAUAUUAAAACUCCGAGUCGGAAUGAAUGCAGAUUUAAAUAAAAUCCAAAUCACUCUGAUGAAAGAACAAACUCCCUAUUUACUCCAUGGAGUGAUCUUUUGUAAAAACUCCGAAACUUCGAGUGACUAAGUGAAUUCGGAUUGAAAUAAAAUCCGUAAUCACUCCCGAUUUUUUACAAUGUAAGAAAAUAUAAUCAAAAUAAAAUUGGUGUCCACGAUAAUUGUAACGUGAAUUAAAUUGCAAUUAGCAGCCUCAACAAUGCAUUAGGAUAAAAAUUUUUUGUUAUGAAUUUAUGAGGGUCCAACUCAAUCUUGUAUUUAAAAAGAUUGAAACCAAAGAAUUGAAGUAAAAGUUUUAAUUGAUUUAAAGACGGAAUGCAUUUAAAAAUUAAAAAAUCUUUAACUUUAGUAGAUUUGUUGAACAUUUAGGCUGAGCCUAAUAGAUUAUAAAUCAAUUUGUUCAAAUAUUUACUACGCUAUUAGCAUAAUUUAAAAAUAUCUUACCUUUGUUAUGUCGAUAUAAAUGUUCACAACGAAUAACCGUCCAAUCCUCGUUAUUUAUAUUGAUUGACAUAAAAUAUGAUGUUAAUUAAAUUGAAAUAUUAUUUAAAUGUAUGCAAAAAAUAGCAAUUAUUAAAAAUGUAUAAUUAAACUUAAAAAAAAAAUGGUGCCUAGGUAUUGUGAUAGUUAAUAUUUUUUUAUACUGUUAGCUGAGCUUUGACUUAUUAUUACAGUAUUUAGUCUAUAUGUUACUAGG